AGGAUACUUAGUGCCUGUGAUUGACAGCAAGGUGCAGAAACGCCACUGCAUGUAGCCGGAGUGAGGUCCUGUCGACGUGUCAGCUGAAACUUCCUACAGACAUGUUUGACCGCUACUGGACAGUGUGGGCAGCUGCCGUCUGUAUGUUUAUAGCAUCCGGGCAGGGUCUGGCUGACACUGAAUGCUAUGUGCAUGAAUUUCAGUCUCCAUUCGGCGAGUAUCAGGGGAAGAAGGUCAACGUCGGAAUAAGACAGCGUUGCACUGUGACAAGUCUGCUGAAGUGCCUCUCUUGUUGUAACCGUGUUGCCAUCAGUAAUGUGUUCUUCAACCAGGGCACCCAGGACUGCAUCUGUCCUCUGGCACACCCUCGAUCCUGGCUACUUGUCAAUGCACCGGGUUACGUCUACUACAACUCACCAGAGUUGGUUGACAUGCAGAUACAAGAAGUGUUAGGAGUUUCGUCAACACGUGACGGUUUUCCAGAAACGAAUGCCAUUGGAGGAUCUGCUGCUGCCUGGAAACCAAGGUUGGAUGAUGCAGAUCCCUGGAUUGAGUUUGGGGUGCGUCGCUCUCUGUAUCUUGUUGAACUUCGAAUCCACAAGGACAUGUCUUCCGUCACGACGAGUGUCUGGCUCAGGGAUGGCAGUGGGCUCUGGAUCAAAACGUGGACGAGAGGCGACGGGGGGUCAGCUCAGUCUGAUUGGUUUUUUCCACACUUUCGAAUGCUGACCGUUCGCACAGAUGCAGUGAGACUGAACUUUGACAACCCCAGUGCUGUUGAAAUUAGGUUCAUACGGGUGGUUGGUCGCGAAAAUUGACCCAUCUAACCAAGUUCCACGCCAUACAUGUUCCAUGACACACACGUUCCACG